CAAACUUUAUUGAUCGUCUUGUUUCAUGGAGUAAAUGGAGUAAAAACUGAAUAAAAUUGAAAAUGAAUCCGCCAAACGUACCAAACAUGACACAACGCGAAAAGUUGGAAUUUAUAAAUUCGGAAGUUCGUUCCUUUUAUGAAUACUGCAAGGAGGCUGGAAUCAGCGACGAAGAAAUGGAUAUAAUAUGUCGUCCUUUAACAUCGGCUGUGAGGAAAGCUUCCUUCAAAAGAUGGACAAGGAUCCUCCUCUUUCUGGUGAUGAUGAUCGCCAUUGGAUUUACGGUUUCCCAAACCGACACAUUCCAAUGGCACGCUUCGGCUGUUGGGCGCAUUUUAUUGAUAAAGCUGCUGCCAUUUUGGGACUGGACUCCCUUGUACUAUAACAAAUGUCUCGUCGACAAACACCAGCCACAAAAAGUAGAUAAUGGAGCAUUUGCCACUGGUGAUUGUAUUUCUUGCGAGGCAGUCAAGAGCCUAUCUCGAAUAUCGAACACGGGCUACAAUGAGGUGUUCAACCACAACCUGCUGCGCGGCGCGCCGGUGGUGGUGACAGACGCCAAUAUAGACUGGGCGAAGGUGAACAUCACGCAGCUGGUGGCGGGCGACCAGCGGCUCGGCAACUCCGUCCCCUGCCGCGUCCUCACCAACCUGCGUCUAGGUCGGCAGCCUAUGGAGCUCGACGAGAUGGUGACCCGCAUCACCAACACCGAGAUACCGAGCUGGUUCGUCCACUUCCAGAACUGCGACAUCCAGGCCGUCAAGUCGUUCCGUGUGCUCGCCCCCCGCCCCUACUUCCUGUCCCCCCACAUCCCGCCCUCCCACUUCAACUGGCUGCUGAUUUCCCAGCGCUACGACACGCACCGCUUCAAGGCUCUCGACCUGGAUCCCGGCCUAGUGAUCAUGUCGCAGCUGAAAGGUAAAAACUACGUGCAGCUGAAGCCCAAGUCCCCCUGCGAGGAGGUCUGCUACACCCUGAACACGGAGCUGGUGGAGGGGGAGGUCCUGGUUGUGAGCACCCAUCUGUGGGACAUCGACUACCUGCCCGGCGUUGGGUCCAACAUGGCUUUGGUCACGGAAACAGAUUGGCUGGAGACCUAAAUUGUCCAACUGUUAUUUCUUGUAUGUUUAUUGAUUUUUAUGUCUCGACAUUUAGGUACUAAUUGUUUUAUGUGAAAUCACGUCAUACGAAUUUCCUAAAUAUUGGAGUGUUCCUUGCCUAUUUAAAAUAGUCAUUACUAAGGCCCACUGGCGCCAUCUUGGUGUUUAUCAUAUAUCACGUCUUCUCUUUUGUACAGCUAUGUCGAGCUAUGCGUACGAAAGAGAAGGCGGGAAAAAGAAUCAAGGAUGAACUUGAUGUUUCAAAAUAAACCAUAUUAGACGAUAUUAGGUACGUAAUUAGCAUGUUAAAAUUCACUAAAUAUAUGAAUUCCUCUAAACUACAAAGUAAUUAAGAUGGUCACUAGACCUUAAACUACACUGUAUACUUCAAAUAGAAUUGUAGGCCGCAGCCAAGAAAAUAUAUCUUGCCAUAUAAUCUGAAUGUUUUUUGGAAAUACUCAAGAACUUUAUAGUCUUGUUCGCUUGUCAUUAAAAUAAUCGUCUCUUCAAGCAUAUCUCAAUAAACAUUUAAUUAACAUAGUACAUUUAAGGUAGAUAAAAUAAUAUUGUUAGUAUCAAAUUGAUAGUUUAUUCGAAGGGAAGCACAAUUUACUCAAAGUAGAUAGUCAAGUUCUAAAAGACACUGUAGCUGGAAAGUUUCUAAAAUAUAGAAUUUUAAGGGGUAAGUAGAUUAGGACCGAUACCACAUUGCUGCGUUGCAUUGCUUUGUCGCAUGCGAUUUUUAACGGUACGACAGGUUAUUAAGAGGGCGACUAACCCUAAAGUGUCGA